CCCACACCUCUCAGAAACCCACACCGACUCAAGCUGCUUGUGUCAAAGACAACGUCCUCCACCUUCAAGUUCCUCCAUCGUCUCUAGGGCACGUAGCCACCCUGUUCCCUCCCCCGAUUUGUUCAGGUGUUCAACCUCUGUGAUCCUCCAAACCGACCGUCCUCCUCAACGUCAAUCAUCUACAAUUCAAAAUGGCCGCCGCAGUCAAGGAAGCCGCUGAGACCGUCGUCGACAAUGUCACCACCGCCCUGAGCAAUACCUCUCUCACCGGCAAGGACGAGAACAAAGAUGCCGUCCACGCCAGUGCCGCCGAGGGUCGCCGCCUGUACAUCGGCAACCUCGCAUACGCGACAACCGAGGGGGAGCUGAAAGAGUUCUUCAAGAGCUACCUUGUUGAGUCGGUUUCUAUUCCCAAGAACCCCCGUACCGACCGCCCUGUAGGCUACGCCUUUGUCGACCUCUCGACCCCCUCCGAAGCUGAGCGUGCCAUCGCCGAGCUGUCAGGCAAGGAGAUCCUUGAGCGCAAGGUCUCUGUCCAGCUUGCGCGCACACCUCAGCCCGCUGGCGAGAAGCCGGAGGGUACUCAGACCGACGAUGCCAAUGGUGAUCGUGCUCGUGGCGCCGGCCGUGGCCGGGGCCGUGGUGCUCGUGGCCGUGCCGCUCGCGGAGGCCGCACCCGAGCUGAUGGAAAGGAGGACGCCCCUGCUACUGAGGAGGCUACUGCUGCGGAGGAGACCCCUGCCGCAGAUGCUGAGGUUCAACAGCCUUUGAAGGACAUUACCAACGAGAACACGACUGACCAAGCUGAAUCUACAAAGGCCAAGAAGGACGCCCGUCCUGCCAAGCGUGAGCGUGGACCGCCCGCUGAUGGCAUUCCCUCCAAGAACAAGGUCAUGGUCGCCAACCUUCCUUACGACCUUACCGAGGAGAAGCUCAAGGAGCUCUUCAAGGACUUCGAGCCCUCCUCGGCCAAGAUUGCUCUCCGCCCCAUCCCCCGCUUCAUGAUCAAGAAGCUGCAGGCCCGUGGUGAGGCUCGCAAGGGACGUGGCUUUGGCUUCGUCACUCUUGCUUCUGAGGAGCUCCAGCAGAAGGCUGUGGCCGAGAUGAACGGCAAGGAGAUUGAAGGCCGGGAGAUCGCUGUCAAGGUCGCUAUCGAUAGCCCCGACAAGACCGAUGAGGAGGCCAACAUCCCUGCUGACGCCGCUGCUGGCGAGGAGGAGAAGGAGACCGCCGCUCCUGCUGCCACUACUGCUACUGCCUAAGCGCAAAAUGCAGUUUGACCGAGGCCCGACCGAUUUCGAGAUCUACAUACCUUUUGACGAGCCUGCAGCAUCUCCCCCGAGGUGUGUUGAUUUUGGCAGAAGUUUUGGGGACAAUUUCACGCAGAUGGCCGAGGUCAGGACAGCACCGAAGAUAAGACCAGAAAUCAAUUUUGGCGAAAAGAAGCAAGGCAAGGCCGGAAGAUGGUAGCAGUAUCAGUGUGCUCUUGACCUACAUGCAAUCUCGCACCGAGAAUGCUCAUGUCACGAGAUGCGUAAUAUGGCGCUACUGAGAUUUUGGCAGACACGUUCUUUCGAAAAAUUGACACUUCAGGAAUGAACUUGACGAAAU